AUGGAGCGGCGGAUCGCGGGGAUAAUCUACAUCCUGAUCACUUUUGCUCUCGUUAACGAAAUGUCAAUUAACGUCCAAGCAAAAGACAACAACAAACGGAAACCCAAAGAGAAAAGUGGCGGGUUCCAGAAGAAUAUUUGUGACGUCAGCGACCGCGACUCAAAGGUCCACUGCUAUUGCGAAAACACCAGAGAGCCGAGGAAUGCAACAAAAGCGGAAUGCUGGGUAUUCAAUGGCGGCAUACCGCGGGACGAUCUCAUCUGGCAAAGUUUCGCUUCACAACCAACUUUGCAAACUUUGUCUUUUAAUGUCCGCGUCGAUGGCGCUUUAGGGUACGUCCCGACAAAAGCGCUGCACUUUCUGAAAAACCUCAAGUCAAUCAACAUCCGAUACGGCAAUAUUAUAGACGUAACACCCUACGCUUUCGCCAACCUCACAAACUUAACAGACGUCACGAUUUCCCAAAACCAAAUAGAAAAUCUCCACCAAUACGCGUUCGCUCAUCUCCCAAACAUAACAUUAAUAAAUCUGGAAGACAACAUGAUCUUGGAAAUCGGCACAGAAGCGUUUUACGAUUUGCCGAAGUUGCACAAACUUGUCUUCACCAAGAAUAACAUAUCGUCGAUCAGAGACGGAGCGUUCUUGCACACGUUCAAUCUAUUGGAAUUGGACUUGAAUAAAAACAACAUAAUCCAUUUGAGACGUCGCACGUUUGAUGGAUUGGCCAACUUGCGGAAAUUGGAUCUACGGAGGAACCGCAUUUACAAUUUGACCGAAUACACGUUCGCUGAACUGUGGAAUUUGCAAGAGUUGUUGCUGGGAAAGAACGAUCUGAAGUACAUUUCGGAAAGGGCCUUCGACGGGCUGUCUCAGCUUCGCAAGCUGUCUCUAGAUGAUAAUAAACUGAGUGCACUACCCGCCAGCCUCUUCGAAGGGGUGAGGGGCCUCAACUCCCUCGACCUACGUUCCAACGAACUACACGCAUUAACUUUUGACAAUAUCAAACCCAUAUUGGACAACUUGAAGCCGCAGAACAGCAAUUUGCUACUCGAAGAGAACAACUUCGUGUGCGACUGCCGGUUGAAAUGGAUGCACUCGCUUCGGAACGAGACUAAAAGCCAAAACACGAAGGCGUCGCUCGACGGCGUCACAUGCAAAAUGGAUCCGCCCAUAGUGAGCUCCGCGUACAACAAGAUGCCCGACGUGAUAGAAAAUAAAAUAGAUUACAAUCAAGACAUCCUGCACGCGGGGAUAACGAUCGAGACGCUAAACGAGAAAAUGAAUGUGACUGAGAAGAAAAUGAUACCAGAAGAGCUGAAUAAAGAUCAGAGCUUAGCUAAGAAGCCGGUCAAGCGAGUCGUUUUGAAAAUACCCCCAGAAAACCUACCAUGCCCAAGAGAUACCAAAACAACAACUGAGACACCACCUUUUAUAGUGGAUCCAGUGAUUCCAAUCCAAAACGAAAUGAAAAUAUUUAGGUUUCACGAACCAAACACAGCGUACAGAUUGUCGUACAAAUCCACCAUUGUGUUAUGGAUUGGGUGUUUUGCCUUUUUCUUUACUUAAAUAUUGUAAGUCAAUUAGGUUAUUCUAGUCACUAGUUUAAGCGAGAUACAGACUAAGUCCUUUUAAGUCACAGUUAUUGUAUGGGAUUAAUUAUUGAGCACUAAACAUUUAUUAAAACAAUAAUGUGAAUGUAUUCACCAUUAUACUUAAAUGUUGUAAAUUACCGGAUUUAAUGUUAAGUAGUUGUAAAUGUAAAUUGGAUUUGUUUCAUUCGAUCUUGACUCAUAGCAUCGACCUUGUAAUGUUUUUGAUAGCGGCAUGAGUAUCAGCGUUUUUUUUUUUAAUAAUUUAUCUAUGUAAGAUUAUAAUGUCCAAUCAAAAUUUUAGUUAGGUAAAACAUAACUAAUUACACAGGGUUUCCCAAAAAGAAGUGUCAAGCCGAAGCUCAGAGGUAGAGCAUCACUAGAGCUACCCGAAUCACCCCCAUGUAUGUUCCGCGAUUUUUAAAUUUUCGAGUUAUGAUUGUUUUAAAUUUCUAUGCUUAGUUACUUUUUUGGUUACUGUGACGCGAAUAGUUAAGGUACAUGCCUGAUUUUUUUAAAUUAUUAUUAGAUUAAUACUAGGCCUAGCUAAUUCAGAAGUAUUUAUAUCCAUAACACUAAAAACAUACUAAAUCCUGAAUUUUAUAAAAAAAAAACAUAACUCGAAAACUAUCAAAAGUCGCGGUGAUUGGGGUAUCCCUAGUGAUGCUAUACCUCUGGUCUUAAGAUCUAAACUAUUUUUUGGGACAUCCUGUAUAAAGGCAACACCACAUCGAACACUGUGGCAUCAUGUACGCGUAGUUGUGUAAUAAUUGUGUUAUUUUGCAAUAAAAUCAUCGUCUGAUGUGUUGUAAACUUUACAAAAGAGAACUAAAAAGCUAUAUUGUUUAAUUAAAAAGCUAUAAAAGAAUCCUAAUAUUAAAGUACACUCUCUUGGAUGAUCGCUACGUGUCGCUACCCAGCGAUAAAACGAAUUAAAGAUUUUUUGCGAUGCACGGAAUCCUAUGAACUUUUCUUUAGUGUAAUGUAUCUCUAUCUACAGAAGCUUUUCAAAAUUAGUUAAGUCAAAUACGGAGGAACAGGCUUCAGACAAACAAUAAGGACAUAGUUUUUUCGUUUUGUUUAGUGUGUACCUAUUUCAUAAUAACAAGGAAAAACAUACUUUUAUAUUCACUUUGUAGAUUCAUAGCAGUUUUUGUACAUUUAUUGCAGAACAUCUCGUUUCAUAUUUCGUCAUAAAUAAAUCCAUUUGUAGAUAAACAUAAAGAGUCAUAUAAACUUUUACAACUCCAGAUAAAAAUAUUUUCAUGCUUGAACAUAAUGCGUCAUUAAAUUUUUAUACAUCCAUGUAAAUAUUGUUUCAUUGCGAAAGAAAGAUUUAUUGUUAUUUUGUCUUUUCUUUUGGCAAAACAACAAGAACUUCGCACAUCGCAGAGAAAUCCACUUUAAUAAUAAUUUUAACAUGUGUAUUGUAUUGAAAAUUAAUACACGCGCUUGUAUACAGGCUGUUAGGUAAAUGGGUAUAUGAGCCGACACUAGCCCAUUUUAACUUAUGCAUAUAAAGGGUAUGGUGAAGUCUGAAAAUUGAUAUCAUCAUUUUAAUUUUUUAUAGCUUAGCUAGCAAAUUAUAGUUUCGAAGUAAAGGUGGAAACCUUUUGCCCUUUUUAAGCGAAACCACCACUGAAACGAAUAAGUUUGCAACAUAUUAAAAAUGUAGAAUUUCUGUCACAGCAACUAAGACAGUGGCACCAACUGGUAAGCGACGAAAAGGUAUUCUUAACAAAUGUGAUACUCGAAUAACUACGUAGUGUAGUAUACGAGUAAAACAAAGUCGCUUUACUGUCUGUCUGUCCCUAUGUAUGCUUAAAUCUUUAAAACUACGCAACGGAUUUUGUUGCAGUUUUUUUAUAGAUAGAGUGAUUCAAGUUUAAACCUUCCGGUUUACUCGCAUAUUAAUUUAGCACCGUGCGAAUUCGGAACGGGUCGGUGGUAAAUUAUAAACUACAUUUCAUUCAUUCUUGUUUAAUUUUGAUAACAAUUUUGAAAUGGAAUUAUGUAACAUUUUUUUUUACCUAUCUCUCAAUCCUACUUAUUCUUAACUGAUAUUUUCCAAACCUGCUUUCGAAUUCUUGAAACGCAAAUGUGAAUCAAAAUAACACCACAGUAUUCCCAAUUACGCGAUAAAGAUAAGGAAAUUGCGUCUCAGAACGCCGCCAUUUUCCUAUUUCAACAAUGAACAUGCUCAUGCCGUUAUCUAUUUCGUAUCGCAACGCCAUCUGUGUUUAUAAUUGUGUAUAACGUUGUAUAAAGUAUUUUGACAAGGUGAUUUUGUAUGGAUAAUGAAGA